UUUUUUUUUCUGAUAAUGACUUCGAUAUUACCAACGACUCGAUCAGAUAACUUUAGUUCAUCUUCUUAUGAUAUUCGAUCGCGUAAACACUCACCAGCACUAUUAAGGCGACUCGUUCGUUUCCCUCAAAUGGACUUUGAGUUUGCAUUAUGGCAAAUGUGUUAUUUGUUGAUAUCACCGAAAAGAGUCUAUAGGAAUAUCUACUAUCAUAAACAAACAAAAAAUCAGUGGUCUAGAGAUGAUCCUGCUUUUCUUGUGCUUAUUGUCAGCUUCUUAGCAUUAUUUGGCGCUGUAUGGGGCUAUGUAUAUCACCUUGGUGCAUUGAAUACGCUUAGAACAAUGAUUUGUAUGAUUUUGGUUGAUUUUUUAUUGAUUGGAUCCUUUGUAUCCACAUUGACAUGGUACAUUGCAAAUAAAUUCUUGACAGAAAACAUAAACUCAUAUGCUGUGCCUCAAAAAGUAGAAUGGGCCUACGCAUUUGAUGUUCAUUGCAACUCAUUUAUACCUGUAUUGCUUAUCCUGAAUGUGAUCCAAUUACUCUUUCUUCCAUUAUUACUUAAAGACUAUUGGGCUUCUAUGUUUGUUGGCAAUUUGAUGUAUUGUAUGACAUUGGUCUGGUAUACUUUUGGUACAUUUUUGGGUUUCAAUGCGUUACCUUUCUUGGUACAUACUGAACUCUUUCUGUAUCCAAUUGCUCUCUGCCUCAUCUUGUUUGUCACGUCUCUGUUUGGUUUUCAUAUUCCACAAUAUAUAUUGAGUUUUUACUUUUGAUUGAUAGAUUGAUUUACAUAGAAAAAAAAUAUGUAUUGAUAAAAUACUAUAUAUUUUAUAACAAAC